AUGGCUCCGCUACCAUUGGAUGAUCCAGCGGUACAAUCGUAUCUGCUGUAUUCCAGCGUCUUGGGCCUCAAAGUUCUGGGUAUGGCAUUUUUGACAGCCAGAGUGCGAUACGCCAAGAAUGUGUUUGCUAACCCAGAGGACGCUGCAGCGAAGAAAGGAAAAGUGAAGUACGAUGACCCCGACGUGGAGCGAGUUCGUCGUGCGCAUCUCAACGACUUGGAGAACAUUCCCGUGUUCUGGGUGCUGGGCGCGCUGUACCUGACCACUGCGCCCUCCGCGUGGCUCGCCACUACACUAUUCCGUGUGUACACAGCUGGUCGAGUGUUGCACACUCUGGUCUACGCUGUCAAGCCGCUGCCUCAGCCAGCACGUGGCAUCGCCUUCGGCAUUCCUCUCAUGAUCACAUUCUACAUGGGAGUCAAAGUAAUUCUACACUACUCCAGUGCGCUGUGA